GACUGGAGCAUAAUCGGUAUCCUACACAAUAUAAAGGCUCCAAUGCUCUUGCUAAGCAUUCCUCUUGACAAAGUUUAUCCAGUCGCCUGCACACCCUGGUUCCAUGGAAUUCCCAAAAUCAAAUGGGUAGAAUUCCAACACAGCAUGCAUUUGGCACAGUUUGAGGAACCUCAGAAAUACUUUGAAGUAGUCUUGGAAUUCUUAAAUGCUAUAUAG